AUGUCAAAUGAUCGUCAACGAAUACGUCAAAUAAAAUAUCAUAUUAAUCAAUUAUUAUCUGAAUUACGUAUGAUUGAAUCAAAUAAUGAUAUUAUUCAACCAUUAAAUAUAUCAAUUAAUUCACAAUUAACAACAAUAUCACAUGAAGAAAAUUUUUGUCCAUAUUUAUCAUGUAAACAAAAACCAGUUAUAUUACAUUCAACAACAAAUGAUGAAUGUCGAAAAAAAUCAAAAAAAUUUUUAUUUGCUGCAUCAGCACGAGCAACAAGUACACCAAAAAAUUCUCCAAAUCAUAAUAGAAUUAAACUUAAACCUCAUCAUACAUCAACACCAAGACGUACUAAACGCCAUUCAACUGCUUUAGCUAUACCACCAAAUAAUAAUAAUAUUAUUCCAUUGAAACGUCUUCUAUAUAAUAAAGAUUAUGAUCAACAUAAACGUCGACAUUCAGCUGUACCUUUUUCUAAACGUUCAAUUCUUCCACGUUUACAUCCAAUUGAUGAAAAUCCACAAUGGAUUUGA